AUGGAGGCUGCCAGGACUCACUUUGCUUAUCCUUCAUCGCUACGAGAUGAUCUUGCCUUUCUCGCCUUUUUCUAUUUUUGCGUUGCCUCGAGCUCUUUGCUAGAUCCUAUGUUCAUCGAUUUGCACGGUGCCUGCUUCUUGCCUGCUGCCUCUCCAGAGCCCACCCACGGAGCAAUGCCCAAUUUCCGAGAUGGUAUUCGACAACAAUUCAGGGGACGGCGUCCCUGCCAAAAGAGAGAAAUAGCCGAUGCUUCCACGUGCGAACGCCCGUCUGCUCUCGCCAGCAACGCUUCCUCCAUACAUGUAUCCUCGCCCUCAGAGCUUUCAGAGCUUUCUAGUGCGACACACUACAUGCUGGUGACACACUGGAAUCCUUCGAGUAUGGAGAAUGCUCGUGGGGAAAAGCUCAGUCGAUUGAUGGGCGACAAGCGAACUUCAAAAGCAAUAGCCGCGCCCAGAGGACUUACUACUUGGAACCCUCGCUACCUAUCAUUCCAGCCGAACUACGAUUCCAAUGCCCAGUCAGAGUCUACAAGAGCUCCAACACUGGGCCACUCGAAUAGAGUGGUUGCCCAAGGGUUCGCGAACGACUGGAGAUUAUUGUCCUUGUUCCGUGGCAAUUCCACUUCAGCAUGGCUAGACUCUACCAUGUCGAAUACCGCCUUCCCAAAUCGCCCAACGUUCUGCCCUGAGUGA